AUGUCCGUCUUGUUCGAGACGUCCCUCGGUGACAUUGUCAUCGACUUGGAGACGCAGCAAUGUCCUAAGACCUGCGAGAACUUCCUAAAGCUAUGCAAGGUGUAUUACUAUAACUUGAACGCGUUCUUCAAUGUCUCCAAAGACUUCCUAGCUCAAGCGGGUGACCCCACCGCUACAGGGACAGGGGGAGAGUCCGUAUGGUCCCUCAUCGCCUCGAAGACGCAGAAGGGCGUCCCCCGCUACUUCGUCCCGGAAAUCGUCCCCAGGUUGAAGCACACGAACAAGGGCACUGUCUCCAUGGCUGUCGCGCCUGGAGUGGAGGGGGGCGAGAGGGGCGGCUGCGGAAGUCAAUUCUUCAUCACGCUGGCGGACAACAUCGAGUACCUAGACGGCAAGCACGCUGCGUUCGGGCACGUAGUCGAGGGACUGGACACGCUUGACAAGAUCAACGAGGUGUAUGUGGACCAGGAUGGGAGGCCGUUCAAGGAUAUCAGGAUACGGCAUGUGGUGAUUCUGGACGACCCAUUCCCGGAUCCGCCUGACUUGCACGUCGUCCAACCCCCUUCAUCCCCCACACGCCCGCCAGACAACUCGACGCGUAUUGCCGAGGAUGAAGACGCGCUCGCGACCCUGCCCGAGGAGGAAGAGGAACAAAUUCGGCGACAGAAAGCAGCCCAAGCAUCCGCGCUCACCCUCGAGAUGGUCGGAGACCUCCCCUUCGCGAACGUCCGGCCGCCAGAGAACGUCCUCUUUGUGUGCAAGCUGAACCCUGUCACUCGCGACGAAGACCUUGAGCUCAUAUUCUCCCGUUUCGGGACAAUCAUGAGUUGUCAGGUGAUCCGCGACAAGAAGACCGGAGAUUCAUUGCAGUACGCGUUCAUCGAGUUCGACAAGCGCGAGGAGGCAGAGCAGGCGUACUUCAAGAUGCAGAACGUCCUUGUGGAUGACCGCCGCAUAUGGGUCGACUUCUCGCAAUCCGUGGCCCGCACGAACGGCAUCUGGUCUAAUGAUAUCAAGCGAGGUCCUGGGUACAAACGCGGCCGCUCAGCAGGAGGCUUUGCCGGACGCGAGGACCUGGAGGCCACGCGCAAAUAUCGUACAUCAAACGAGGAUGAUGAGCGCGGCGGCUAUGGGAUGGUCUUUGACGCGACGGUCAAGAUCGCGAUCACCGAGGGAAAGACGGCACAAGGACCAAGAUUACCGUGA